AGCUCGGUUACGUCGGGAGUUAUCAAUUAAUUUCCAGGGGUCUCAUAGUUAUCACGUUUCUUCAGGUUCAUGCCCUUCUGACAUAACCAUGGACUUUAGAAAACAACGAGUAUAAAACGAUAAUGCGCUCUGCGCAUUAUGGUUUAAGGCAGGGGCUUUAUUUGCUCCUGCUGACCCUUGCCCUGGUGCCUUGGGCAACAUGCGAACACCGGAACCCACUUUUACUUGUAUACACCGGCGUUCAUCGCGAACAAGCUCUCGAUGUCUGGGCGCUUACACAACAUCUCGUGUUAACUAAAGGCUAUGAGGCGGUGGUGCUUACCCCAGACUCUCUAGCGACUGAAAUUCGGGAGACAGCUGGGACUGUCCCCGAUGAACUCGGUCGCCAAGAAUGCAGCAACAGUGCUAUUAAUGUAAUUACCUAUGCCAGUGUUUCCUUUGAGGAAUAUCAGCCUCACGGUCGCGGUACCAUUCGCGAGCUGACCGGCCGUCUGGAUUUCCACCUUGCCAGCUGCGCCGGUUUGUUACUGAACCGCACUCUCAUAGAUGGCCUGACGAAACGUUUUACCGUCAUGCUUGGAGUGGCGAUGGAUCCCUGCUCGACCUUCUUGGCGGACAAACUCAAGAUUCGCCGUCGCGCUGUCUACGACGACGGCUCCUCCACCAGCAUGCUAUGGGGGGUGCUCAUGGGCCGCGGCCACCCCACCAGUCACGUCGCCUCGUACGGCACCGCCCUCGGUGGUGGCGGCGCCAUGACGCUGUACGAACGUACGGCAAACCUCCUGCAGUACAUGCGGCUGCAGCUCUGGCGGCGCCGAGUGUACGGCGCUCGGUUAGCUGCAUUCCGUCAACGGCACCGGCUGACGGGGCCGUGGUUGUCAGGGCAUGGAGGAGGAGGAGGUGGAGCGCCGUGUCACUUGCGAGGGCAGGUUGUCAUCACGGGGGCGGACUGGGGCCUUGUGGAGCCGCAGCCGCUGCCGCCGGAGGUGAAGCUGGUGGGGCCGCUGAGGGCGGGGCCGGGGGGGCCAGCAACAGCGGCAUUAGCAGCGGCGGCAGCGGGUGUGGAAGAUCCGACCGCAUCAGCAGCAGCGGCAGGUGUGGCGGGAAAUGCGGGUGAGGAGGUACCAGCUGCACCGGCAGCACCACCAGCCGCACCACCAGCAGUGGCAGGACCGCUGCCGGCUGAGCUGGCGGCGCAUGUGGCGGCUGCGGAGCGGGGCCUGGUGGUGAUUUGCUUCCCGCAGGACUACCGGCCCCCCCUGCGCGCCCUACUGGCUCUGGCUGAGGCGGUGAUCGACCUGCGGCUGCACAUCGUGUGGCAGGCGCCGGAGCAGGACAUUGCGCGGCUGAGGCAGCUCUACUUGCCGCUCAAGCACGCGCGCCACGUGCUGCUGCUGCCGCCGCCGCUGCCGCUGGGGCCGCUGCUGGCGCAUCCGCAGGUGGUGACGCUGGUGACCGCGGCCAGCGUGCAGUCCCUCUACCAGGCGAUCUACCACGCCAAGCCAGUGGUCGCCGUACCCCUCAGUGCCGUACAAGAGGACCUGGCGGCUCGUCUGGCGGCGCUGGGUGCGGGUCAGCGACUGAGUCGCGACGAGCUGGAGGGCGGCGCGGCGUCCUUCCGAGUGAGCGUGGCGCUGGAGCGAAUGAGGAACGUGUACUCCUACACGCAAGCCAUGCAGCAGCUCUCCACACAGCUCCGAGCGACCCUUGGGUCGGUCUCCGCGCUCGACCGGGCAGCCGACUGGGUGCACUACACCGCCUCCCUGGACGACGCGGGCAGGCAGUUCCUGGUGCCCCGGAGCGCCCCAGCACUGGCAGCAGGAGAGGCAGGAGGCGGUAGCAGCAGCAGCGGGCUGGGCGGCGGAGGCGGUUGCAUGGGGUCGUUGGAGGCGGUUAACGCGGCGUCAUACAUUGUGUUGAUUGUUGCGGCGGUUACGGCAGCGGGGUUGGCGGUGUUGGUGGUGCAUGUGUGUACGAGGGUGCCGCCGCCUGCGGCGCCGAAGCGGCGGGGAGCGGUGACGGCAGGGCCUGGAGCGGCGGCGGCGGGGGCGAGGGGAGGAUCGGGAGGGGGUGGAGGAGGGGCGCUGAAGGCGAAGGAUGAGUAGAAGGAUUUGGGGCUUUGAGGGUUUGGGUUGGGAGGAAAAACGGUGUGUAGCGGAGGGGAUUAGGUCAGGCAGGAAGGAUAGGAGGGAGACGAUGGUAUGGGUACGAGACACUGGGAAACGGGGUAGCGGAGAGUCAAGGUGCAUCGCACAGGGAGCGUGAGGAGGGGCAAACGGCAUUGGCUGCUGUUGCUGCGCACGUUGGUGAACAUGGCAGUCGGGUACACAGUUGUCCUGCCUGACUGCCAGCUAUCCAUAUGCAGAGUUGCUACCUUUGGGGCUUCACAGCUAUAGCUAAUGGCCACGUUGCUGCUGCUACUGCAGAGGUAAUUCAUGAGUGCUCGCGUGAGUAGACGGAUCGCGAAAGUUAAUUCUGCUGCUGCUGCAGCAACGGCGGCGUUGGUGUCGCUGUUACCUAGCAGCAGCAGCAGCAUUGUAGUGGUGGAGGCGGAGGUGGUGAUGGCGAUGACGGUGAUGGUGCGAAGGAGAGGACGUCACCGAGACUCCAAAGAAACCCCCCUUCUCACCCUCACCCUAACUAUGACGGCAUAUUAUGGUCUGAACGUCAUUUACAUUUUCGGAAUCAUCGCCACACCAAUUUUAGCAAUUCAAUUCAAGUAAUCGUGUCCGUGUUG